AUGACCGCCUCAACCGACUCUCCGAGAGGUCCUCUUCACCACGAGGCCGCCAACUCUCACCACAACCACGGCCACAAUCACAACGACAACAACACCACCGAAACCGACGAAACCCCCACCCAACACUCAAACGAAACCAAAAUACCCCUCCGAAUCGCCGUCCUCCUCAACUCCUACCGCUCCCCACACAUCUCCAACAUCCGCGACUCCUACACCCGCUGCUUCACCUCCUUAACCCAAUCGCCCACCUGCCGCUUCGAACCAAAACUCUCCUUCUUCUACCCAGCCGACAACUUUUACUGCUGUCCCCAGGGUCCUCAUAACGACCGGGACGGAUGCAACGAGGGGGCUGACUCAGAUGCCUCUUUGUCGUCGGAUUGUUCGAAUGGACUUGGGCGGUCUUCGGACUCUGAGAGUGAUGUCCCGGGGUCGGGGUCUGGAUCUGGAACAAGGGCUAGGGCUAGCAGCAGUAGGAUGAAAGAGUUCCUGCCUGAUCCGGCGGAGUUUGACCUGAUUGUUAUUGGAGGGGGAAAUGCCGAUCCGACGAAGAGGCACGCGUGGAUAUUGAGGGUGCAUGAGUUCAUACGGCAGACGAGAAAGGAAUGGCCGAGGAAGAAGAUGGUGGGGGUUUGUUGGGGACAUCAGACGCUGGGGAUGGUGGUGGGAGGGGGGGAGGUGGGGGAGAUGGGGAUGCCUGAGCUAGGAGUAACAGACUCAAAACUCACCUCCGCCGGGUUGCGGUUCUUCAAUGACCGAGGACUACCAUCAACAGCAGGAGAAAAAGGAGGGAAGGAAAAGAGCUCGCUAAGACUUCAUCAACAUCACCGCCGACAGCUUGUCUCUACACCACCCAACUUUCACCAAUUACUCGCCAACAAUGAAUGUCUUCUCUCAGACGAUAACAGUGUCUUGACGUUUCAAGGACAUCCGGAGAAGGACGCGAAGGCGGCGAAACUAAAGAUUAGAGACGCGGCAAGAUGGUGGGGCUGGGAUUUGAAUGAACAGAAAGUGGUGGAAGAGGUGAAGGGGUUGAUGGAGAGGGAACAUGAUGGGAAUCGGGUGUGGGAGAGGGUGCUAGAGUGGGUUUGGGAGGGGGAGGAGGGGAGGGAGUUGGAGUGGAAGCUGUGAUUUAUAUGAUGCCUUGGGGUUCGGUGCAUUUGGGGUUACAUGAGCAUGGCGGUUGGUGUGCUGGAUGCAUCAGUCGCGAGCGAUUGUUUUGAUGAUGGAUUUGCAUUUGCGCACUGCAGGCGUCAAUCAUUGGGAGGAGAUACCAAAUUGUUUAGGUAAACACAACAGCCAAAGGCGUGAGGGAAUCGAAUUGAAG